AUGGGUCUUACGUACAAUAUCUACCUCUCCUCCAACAAAAUUUUUGGAUGCAAGACUUGCAAAACGCACUUAGCUGAUUAUCACGAUAUCAUAAGUCGAAAUUUUCGGGGCCAACAUGGCAAAGCCUACCUCUUCAGUAAAGUUGUCAACAUAAACCAAGCCGAAGCCGUGGAGCGGAACAUGACGACUGGUCGACAUGUCGUUCGAGACAUUAUGUGCCGGCAGUGCAAAGAGACAGUUGGCUGGAAAUACGACAAGGCUUACGAGACAACCGAGAAAUACAAGGAAGGGAAAUUCAUCCUAGAAGCUGAGCUGCUCUGUAUGGUGUACUAG